UCCUCAUCGACACUCGACCCAGACUCAACGAUGAUGAACUCUCGCAAAUCCAUGGCCGCUUCGGCUCCGACGUUCGUCGCUACCAACACCGCCGGAGGAUACAGGAACGCCGCGGGCGCGAGCGUCGUCGGACAAGGUGGUCAGGAGAAUGACGGACUGACGUUCUUUGAGAGGGAAAAGGCUAGGUUGAUCGAGGAGAUCAAUGGGAACUUUGAACAACUGUUGAAUUCGAGCAACACCCUCAAUCGAAAGCUGGAAGAAGUGCUAGGCGUCGGCAAAGAAUUCCAAACAGUGGCCGACCUAUGGGGGAAAUUCGAUCAUCUCAUUAGAGAGCAAAAACCGGAAGAAACACCACAAAACUCGCACGAUGGCCUGAAUACCAGCGGCCGGCCGGCAGGGGACGGACUGAGACAGAGCGUAGGGAUACCUGGGACCGGGGGACGGAAUUACGGAGGAGUUUGAUCUCCUCUCCCAUCGCUCUCCUUUCUACCUUUGUGUCGUCAUCUUCCUUCAUGAUUCGGAACACAUUCCUGGUCUGUGUCAAGAGAAACAGUUGUAUAAGAUCGAACCCGGUGUACCAAUUCUGUAAAAUCGAGACCCAGCCUU